AUGUUUGCAAAGACUAUUGAACCUGAACGGGACCCACCGAACGAGAAAGAUGGACAAUUUAGCUUGGAGACAAACGCGAGCCAUGUACCCGCAACUUCUGGCACCACUUUGCUACCUCGACCAGUCGCAUCACUGGUUUCGCUUCUCACUCAAUCGACUUCGUUGUCAUUGAGAGUCGGCACCUUCUUUGGUGGUGUGGCCUUGGAUGGAGCGCGGGCAACGACGUUGACGGGUCUAGAACUGGGGCGUGCCGUGAUCGAAGGUAUUCUAACUAGAGCCGGUAGAGACGUUGCGUUUCGCAGUGGCGAUGAACAUGGCCGGAGAGAGGCGGAAUCCUUGCUGGAGCGAAGUUUGGCAACUCUACAUACAACCGUGACGUCGGCCUCGUUCUUUGCCGCUGCAUCCUUCCAUUUCUCAUCCACGACGCUGGCAUCGGUUGCCAAUUUCUCGCAGGCUCUGCUAUCAACUCUCGACGCGAUCCUUGGAUCCACCGAGUCGUCUAGGGCCAUCGCGGCUAUUAUCACGCUCAUCCGACGCGAGUUCCGAUCCGUCGAUACCGGGGCCAGUAGCGAGAAGAUUGGCGUUGGAGACCUCUUCUUCGGCUCUGUUGGAUUUGCCUUGCUACAGCGCUGGGGAAAGAAGAACACCGAACGUACUCUCCGCCAAAAAGGUGGCGACGAAGUAGUGUGGGAUACCGUAAUCUUGGACAGUGGCCUCAGAGCCGAUGUUGUGGGCACGCAUCAAGUACAAUUCCCAGAUGGAAAUCAGAAAGAAUUGAUCGAGCCCGAGGGUGCAUCUUUCGUGAUGCCGGGUCACGGCGAUGAGUCUUUUGAUGCGGUUCAACGACGAGCAAGCAUUCCAGAAGCCUUUCCCGGCUCUCGACUGUCGCUCCAGUUGGAUGGUCAACAGCAAGUAUCGGAUGAAGAUAUUCGGUCUUAUAUCAUGAGUCAAUUGCCCCCAGGUUGUCACGCUACUAUCAAAUCGGAAGUCCUUACUGCGCGCACGAUCACGGUGGACAUAUUCGAUGACGAUAUGGCUGAAAUUGCUGCACCUCCGGGCACGACGAUGAUCGAAGAGAGAUUCCAUCAUGAUCAUGCGUACAAUAACACAGCGGUGCCAGAGUACCAGCGACUUCCGAAACAUACAGUCGUGUUUCGGACCGCUUUCAACAAGUCGCAAAGCACAGAGCUACGUCCUCACAACGGUUCACGUGUUCCCAGUCCGACGGAGACGCAACGUCCAAGAGCUCUGCCUGUAAGCUCGGUGUCAAAUGGACAUGGCAGAGCCCAGGAUGGCCGAGCAAAUUCGCUUUCAGACUCUGCAAAAGAAGUUACAAUGGCACGACAAGAUCCUGUUAGCCCUGGAUCUACGAGUGAUCAAAGCCAGAAAUCUGGAUUCGGGAAAGGUUCGUUCACAAAAUUGGCGAGAAAGGUCAAGUCCAAUGGGCCGACAGAGAGUUCUGAGACCACCAAGCGUGCGCAACCUAAGAAGGCAGCCCUCAAAACCCCUGGCUCGCUAAGUGUUCCAAAUCCACGCUUACCAGCAAGGCCAACCAAGGGCGCAGCAUCUGUCAGAGAAGCCACUGCGCGCGAGUCUUCUGGCCAGCCAGACCCCAAGCGUCGACAUACAGAAGCAGUUGACUAUCGACCCAGCACCCCGGCUCCGAAUAGAGGCUUGCGCAGGUCACCGUACCCCCACUCUCCCCAAUCACCUCAAUCACCCAGAGCGCAUCCUCGACAUAUUCCUCCUCGCAAUAUCCCCGACCGAAGUAGCUCCCGAGCGGGAUACUUUGUCAUGCGUGAGAAGAGUCAAGAGUCCCUUUUGACCCAUACAGACACCUUCUCACGCCGCAAUGCCGACUUACGUCCGGGAUCACCGGUCACGGCGAGGACCCAUGUUCGCAGCAGCAGCUCCAUGUCUUUAACAAGAUCGGAGGCAGAUGGUACUGUCUCUGUGAAUGACCACCGGCCCAGCUCCUCGGCGCGACAUAGACGAUCCAAGUCAUAUACUCCCAGUAUGUACUCGGUUGCAACGGCAGGCUCAGAAACCUCCCUCUUGUUAGCGCAUCGGCCUCGCAAAAGUGCAUAUGAGGAUAUCAGUACCAUCCAAGCAUUGAAUCGGGAUGGUCUAGUCCCGGGAAUCUUCCCCGAGAGACACUUUGUUCAGAACAUCCGUCGUUUCUGUCGCUUCUCGUCUGCUUCUUAUGGGGCUAACGCACUCAAAGUCAUGGGUGUGCCCAAGGGCACGAAUGGCCUUCCUGCGGCUUUGUUAGAUAGCCAUGAACACAGCGCAUUUUCAGAUUAUGCCGGGCUUCCGCCAUCGACGAUCUUACUUUCCUCGUUCGUUGAUCCUGCGGGAGGUACGAAUGCCGCCGGUGAGACGGAGACCGGAUUCCCACUCGUGCACUAUCUCUCAAUCGACCACGAGUCCAAGGCAGUCGUCCUGACACUUCGAGGAACCUGGGGCUUCGAGGAUAUCCUCACCGAUAUGACCUGCGACUACGACGAUCUAGAAUGGCAAGGCAAGAAUUGGAAGGUGCACAAGGGCAUGCACGCCUCGGCCAAGAGACUGCUUGAGGGUGGCGGCGGCCGAGUGAUGAUUACUUUGCGCGCCGCGCUGGAGGAGUUUCAAGAUUACGGCGUCGUCCUCUGCGGCCACUCCCUCGGUGGAGGUGUUGCGGCCUUGCUAGCAACGAUGAUCGCCGAGCCCAGCAGUGCUCUCACGGGUACAUCCUUCGUGACGGCAUCCUAUCAACAAUCCUAUCAACAACGUCCCCAGCCGCGCCUCAUCACCGUCGACAGUGAGACGAGUAACGGCGCAUCCUCUUCUCCAGCAGAUACACCCCCGUCCUACGAUCUACCCCCCGGCCGCCCGAUCCAUGUCUACGCCUACGGUCCCCCAGCCGUAAUGUCCCCGUUCCUCCGCCUCGCCACGCGCGGCCUCAUCACAACCAUUGUCAACGGCUCCGACAUCGUCCCCAGCCUUUCCCUCGGCAUCCUCCACGACAUGCACACCGCCGCCUCGCUCUUCAAAAGUGACAUCUCCGGCGCAAAGUCGCACGUCCGCCAACGCCUCCACGAAAGUCUCCGUCAAAGCAUCAUCCACAAAUUCUACGUGAACCAACCACCCCACGUGCUCCACGCCGGCGACGGCGUCGGCGAGGACGGGUGGGCGUGGAGAACGCUCGGCCUGUUACGUGAUGAAAUGCGUGCCCCCAAACUGAUGCCUCCCGGUGAGGUUUUUGUGGUCGAGACUAUGCGCGUUUUGCAACGGGAGGCGUUUACGGCCGUUCCCGAGUUUGGUACGGAUGGGUAUCCGAGACUGGGGAGGCCGGCGACGAGGGUGCAGAUGAGGUUUGUCAGGGAUGUGGAUGCGUUCUUUGGGGAGUUGAGAUUUGCGUCGGGCAUGUUGAGUGAUCAUAAUCCGGCGAGGUAUGAGACUAGUCUGGCGGCUUUGGCGAGGGGGGUGCUUGACGAGUGA